AUGGAUCCAAUCUAUUACUGUCAUAUCUCACAUCCCUUGAUAUUGAGCAGUAACAUACUGCGUGCACAACCAGGUGAUUGGAAACAGAAUCGUAACGAACGUGGCCGAAGAGCUCUCACCCGAAAGACUUUGCUCCAUCUGAUUGAGGCCUAUUUGACGAUUGCGCAAACAGCCCGAGUACAGCAUCGUUCUCGUCUGGGUAUCAUAGUGAUGUGCAAAGCAAUGCGAACCAUGCAUGCAGAAGGAGCAACCAUGUCGGCUUCGCGAUCCAAUACCGUUGUAAAACCUGAUUCCGCGAACAUCGACGAAUACCUACAAAGUGCGGAAAAAAAAUCCAGCCUGAGACGAGCACAUUGGCCGCAUCAUCUGACCGAUCUAUGGAUGCGGUGUAGAAUCGAACUGAUCCAGUGUCAGCUUUGUGAACCCCGGAUUCCGGUUCGGUUGAAAAAUAUGUUUGAAAUCAGUGUUCCCGAGGAACCCGCAUUGGAGGACAACAUACAAACUGGCCUGGAAGAGGCUGCGAAUUGUGGCGAGAUUCGAUUCUACAUAAAAAUGAAUGUUUUGGCCAGCAAGGCAACAGCAAGAUCAAGCAGCUCUCUCACAGAGGAAAUGAAAUAUUUACAAAUCGUUGAUUUUCUUUCGUUGAUUGCCCUUUACAAGCAAGCGGACAAUUUGGAACAUCUGUGGUAUCGCAGUUCCGUGGUCAAUGAAGACGAAAUGUUCAUUGCUUUGCGAUUACACGAUUUCGCCAUGCUUGAAUUAUGCCAGUCUACCACAUCGAACACUGAGGAACGGAUCCAAAAACAAAUAGAAAAACUGCUAUCACUCAGAAACAAUAUUGUAAACAAUCUGCCAUUUGUUUUUCAACGUUGUCUUUGGUCUGGGAUCGAUGACGAUGCCACUGUUGGAUCCACCGUCCAGUGGCAGCCAAACAACUUCCCAAUGUGGUCCGGAUUGAUGCAAAUUCAAAUUCGAAUCGCAAUCGCCCUGAUACGUUUGGCCUACGAUAAAGAAGUCACCACAAUUACAAAUAACCAAAUGAAAAAUACAGAACAAAUCGGGUAG